ACAAAAAAUGAUGGCAUAUCUAAGUUUUAAGAGCUAGGGCUAAACUUACUCUACUCGUGCAACAACAAUCAAGUAUUGUUUAAUACUAAAAGUCAUGUCCUUGGUUCGUUUGGCAACUUGUGGUCCAUGAAAAGGUUUUGGUCAAAACCUUUUGGUUAUCCGAGCUCCAAGGUAUUUGGAAUGAUGUACAAGGGUGUAAUCAUUCACUUCGUUUUCCCUCUAAUGGUUUAGCUAAUGGGUUUGGUUGUUUUUAGUUGUUUAUUUUAGCUCUCCUAGGUUGUAAUUUGUCCUUUAUUUAUGAAGUAUUCAUUGUAAAAAAAAAAAAAAAAAAAAAAGGUCAUGUCCUCCUCGGAAUGGGCUUGUGCUUGUCCUAUGCGUUGUAAGUGUCUACGUUCCACUUGGCCCCAUGUCCUUUGUGUUGCUCAUAACCGCCUUUUCAAGUAGUCCAGAUAACCAUAAACUCUAAAAUUAAAUUAACUGACACUAAGUUCAAUAUCUUUCUACUACUCUAAACUUCUAUCACAGUUGAAACAAAAAUCAAAAAAAAUUUGGAAGAAGAGACGACGUCGUUCAACAACUCAACCCAACCAUCUCCUCGAAACUCCACCAUGUUAGGCUCAUACUACACCUUCAUCCUCAUAUUCUUAUCCCCGGUAUUCAUCGCAACUUUCAUGUAUCACUUAGACCCACUCGAACCGGCUGAGUUACCUCUACACGAGCUAAGUAAGCCGGAGACGGGGGCGGCCCGAGUCAAUAACAACCUGCUAAAAGGUGCCGAGUUCAUCGGUGUUGGAAAAUUGGUUGGACCCGAGGAUAUCGCUUUUGAUCCGAUUUCUGAUAUUAUAUACACAGGUUGUUCUGAUGGGUGGAUUAAGCGAGUCAGGGUGAAUGAUUCGGUGGUUGACGAUUGGGUUUUUAUUGGUGGUCGACCUCUUGGACUUGCUCUUGGGUUGAAUAACGAGCUUAUUGUUGCGGAUCCUUUUCAGGGACUAUUGAAUGUGAGUGCAGAAGGCAAGGUAGAGCUCUUAACAGAUGAAGUAGAGGGCAGAAAAUUAAAAUUUGCUGAUGGAGUUGAUGUUGCUAAAGAUGGGAUGAUUUAUUUUUCAGAAGCAUCCUAUAAAUAUGGCCUGCCCGAUUUUAUAUUUGAUGUUUUUGAAGGAAAGCCUCAUGGUAGCUUGUUGAGCUUUGAUCCCAUCACCAAAGAAACCAAAGUUCUAGUUCGAGAUCUUUACUUUGCUAAUGGGGUUCAAAUCUCUGCUGAUCAAAAGUCAGUCAUCUUUUGUGAGAUUAUCAUGUAUAUCUUGAAAAGAUGUAAGAAGUACAUCCGGGAAGUGGAAAAGCAAGGAAUAUUGGAACAUUUUGUUGAUAAUUUGCCUGGUAUGCCUGAUAAUAUUCGAUACGAUGACAAAGGCCACUACUGGGUUGCAUUUUCUACUUCACCGAAGCCAUAUUGGGAUAUAGCGUUGAGGUACCCUUUUAUUAGAAAAGGAUUGGCAAUUAUAACAAGAUAUAUUGGUCGAUCACACAUGGAGAAAAAUGGAGGAUUGGGUGCAUUUGAUUUGGAAGGAAAUCUUGUGGCUCACUAUUAUGAUCCAAAAUUAACAAUGAUCUCAGGUGGAAAUAAAAUUGGAAACUAUUUGUAUGUUGGCUCACUUCAUGCUCCUCAUAUCUUACGUCUUAAUUUAGCUGCACAUGCUGCUAAAUAAGAU